UAUCUUUCUCUCUCUCUCUCUCUCCUGUCCCGAUAAAACUCAUUAAAUUUUUUUAAAAUAUUUUCGGAAGAAAAGGAUCAAAAUCGUUCUCAGAAGUCCGAACCCAUCCGAAAACUGUAGUAGACGACUUGUAUUACAACUCCUCCGUUCCUUUCAGGUGAUCUCUCCAAACUUCCUUAAUCAACUCUUCCUCUUCUUCUUUCUCCUCCUCCUUGUUCGUUGUGAUUAUCAUAAUUUUUCUCCUUUUUUUUUUUUUUGACCUUCUCAAUUUUAUUGUCCUUUUUGUUCCCUAUUCACAGACGUUUAUACUCCCAUAUGCAUAUUUGCAUGUGAAGGUUUAGGUAUGAAUUUCUAGCCGUUUUUUUGGUUUGAUGGGUUCCUAAUUGUGAUUCGCCUUGUGGGUUCUUGUUGGAAUGGUUUCCUUAUUUACUUCAGGCGAAAUUUUGUUGCUAAAACUGUGUUGUUAAGUGUGAUUGGUUUUGGUUGUUUGCUGGAACUUUAUUUGGUGAUUUUUUUUUUUCACUUGCAAUUCUUGACUUUUGACUUAAAGACCUGUUCUUUAUUAUUAUUAUUAUUAUUAUUAUUUUUGGUUUUCUUCCAUGAUGGAAUUUGCCUUCUGUGUACUCCGUUUCAAAUUUGUGCAUGUGAAGUUGUUUUGUGUAGUAUUAUUCAAUUUGUUGGGCCUGUUUUGGUUGGGAGAAGGUGCUAUGCGCUUUUUUUAUCCUUCCCAAUUUGUGGCAUGAAUGGAGUUGGUUAAGAUUGAUACUUGUUCCUAAUUGUGUUCUCUGACUGAACAAGAGAUAUGUUCCGUUUAUUCCUAAUAUGGUAGCGUGCAGUGUACAGGUGGGGCAAUUAUAUGGAUAUGGUUUAGAUUGCAGUAUUUUUUUUUUUUUUUUUAAAUUGUAAGUGUUGUUAUAGUCGAGUUAACAAAAAAGUUGGUCAUGGAGAAUACCUGUAAUUUUGCUUGUCAAAUGGCUGGCUUCUUUGACUUCCUGGUUGGGUAAAACUAGUCUUUUGCAAGAGUUGUGGUUAGCCAAUAAAUUGGCGUCUUUUUUGCAUCCCUGUCCUAUAUUUGGAUGGUUGAAUUAUCAUUCUGCAAGACUUGAUGCCAAUGGAUCUUAAUGAUUUUGAUACAUAACUUUUAAUAAUGAAGGUGAAGGGCGUCUGGUGUUUCGAGUUUGAUUUAUGGUCCUGGACUUCAAAUGAUGUUUGAUUUGUUAGUUUCAAUGAUAGACUGAAGGGUGUUUGAAAAGUAUAUGGAUGGGUAUUUGAUGUUUGGCUUGUAAGGGACAAUUCUGUUAGUGUACUCUUUCCUGCGUUUCCUUCUGUGCUUCGUUUUCUAACAGAUAUAGUAGGACUAGGAGAAAAUGUUUUCUUUAUAUGCUAAGCAUCUGCCACAAGGGUUUUAUUUCAUGCUACUAAAUUUGAAAUCUAUAUGAACUGCAGCUGGUGAGAUGUUUUGGUUUUACUAAGCAAGGUGCAAUAGUUGUAAAUUUAUUGUGGUGCUGAUCAAUGGCUAGUGUUGAGGUUAGAAGGGUUUCACGUGAAGAUAUUCAGUUGAAUCUUAUUGAAAGAUGUCUUCAACUAUACAUGAAUCAGAAGGAAGUUGUGAAUGUCCUUCUACAGCAGGCUAAAAUUGAGCCUGGUUUCACUGAACUGGUUUGGCAAAAGCUUGAAGAGGAAAAUCAGGAAUUUUUUAGAGCCUAUCAUUUGCGGUUGAUAGUAAAGGAUCAAAUAGUGAGAUUCAAUGAGUUGCUGGAAAGACAGAACCAACUAAUGCAUCAUAUAUGUUCUUCAGAAUUUUCUAACGGAUCUCAGAUUCCAAUGCGACAGCUUACAGUGCCUCAUUCCCUGGACCACACUCUGGCAAUAGAACAGAGUACAGUGGCUCAUUCUCUGGAACAUAUAGAUUCCCCUCUCAAGAGGGAAACGGUGGAUCCAGAUUUGAACUCAAAUUUGCACGAUGGAUAUUCAUUACAGCAGUAUACACCUGCCAUGGAUUUGACCACUCAUACUGGAAGGAUUGAAGCCUCAUCAAACAUUCCCUUCUGUCAAAACUCAAAUAUUAGAAUUAUUCAAGGAAUGAAUGGUCAGAUGCUUAAGCAAGAAGCUGUUUACACGGGCAAUAAUGCUGUCGCAUAUAAUGCCAAUGUCAAUGCAUUUGAUGCUCGCCGUACAAUUGGAGAUGUUCCUGUUUCACCUUACAAUGGUGUUGGACACCAUUCUCAACCCUUGAAUCGGAGUUAUGCAGACACGGAAACUCCUGCAUUUGGAUCAUUGAGCCAAAUUCCUAGGAAUUUUAGUUUAUCGGACCUGACAUCUGGCUACUCUAAUGAGGAAUUAGAGAGGUAUUCCAGGGAAGAGAGCAUUGAGGCCCAAAUGGCUUUUAUAACGGGACUAGGUCCUCUAAUUGACAAAUUUCACCAAAUUGGAGCUACCAGAAACAGAUUGAAUCUGUAUGCAAGGUUGAAAUCCGGGCUCCUCAAUGACAUUCAAACUUCGGUUGAUGCCAUUAAUUUGUAUAAACAGAUGGUCCGGAUGACUCCUCCGCCCAACGAUGUUGCUUUCUCCCAAUUGCUGGUCCGAGUGGUUAAAUUGAAGCACUAUUCACUUGCCAUUUCACUCUACCGCAACAUGACUGCUCUGGGAUUUCCGGUUAGUGAUUACAUUCUCAACACUGUCAUUCAUUGUUACUGUUUGGUGAAUAAGGUUGAUUUUGGGUUCUCUGUAUUGGGAGGUUUUUUUAAGCGUGGCAUUGUGCCUGGUGUGUGCACUUUUGGUACUCUACUCAAAGGGCUUUUUAAGGAAACACGGAUUUUACAGGCUCAGGAAUUGUUCAAGAAGAUCAUUUAUGAAAAAUUAUGUGAUCCCGGUGUCGUCAUGUAUGGGACUGUGAUAGACGGGCUCUGUAAGGUUGGGAAUACUACCAAGGCCCUUGAAUUUCUUAGAGAUAUGGAAAGAACAAGAGUUGAGCCGGAUAUAAUGUACAGUGUUAUCAUUGAUAGUCUGUGUAAGGAUAAUAUGGUAGAUGAAGCAGUUCUUCUUUUACUAGAGAUGAUCAAGAAGGGUAUUGCCCCUGAUGUUGUUACAUGCACUUGUUUGAUAAAGGGUUUGAGUAAUAUAGGUAAGUGGGCUGAGGCUAAAAAUCUCUUCAAAGGGAUGGUAGAUUUGGGCAUUGCUCCUAAUACAUAUACUUUUAAUAUAUUGAUUGAUGCAUUGUGUAAGGAAGGGAAAGUAAAAGAAGCUGAGCAUUUCCUCCUUAUGAUGACUCAACAUGGCCAGAACCCUGAUGUGGUCACUUACAGCUCCCUCAUUGAGGGAUGUUGUUUGCAGGGUCGAAUCAACAAAGCACGGAAAUUUUUUGAUACCAUGGUCGAAAGUGGGAUUGUUCCAGAUAUGUUAUCUUACUCUAUGUUGAUAAAUGGGCAUUUCAAGAGAUCCCAAGUUGAUCAAGCAAUGCAACUCUUUCGUGAGCUUUUCCGAAAAGGAUUUACCCCAAAUGUCUCUGUAUACACCACUGUCUUGCAGGGUUUAUUUCGAGCCGGAAAAUUCGUCACUGCAAGAGAUGUUUUCAUCGAGAUGCAGUCACUUUUUUCUAUACCUCCUGAUUUUCACACUUACUGUGUAUUGUUGUACGGCCUUGUCGAGAGUGGUUCUGUUGAUGAAGCCCUUAAAUUUCUUCAUAAGUUGGAAGCUGAUGAAGUGAAGCUUCAUACGGGCAAAAAUCAUUCUGAACUCUACCUUAAUGAAGCUUGUCCCUGCAAGAUCUCUUCCCACCUAACUCAAGUUCAGCCUUACUGGUGGAUCCAUUGCGGGGGACAUAGCUCACAGUUGGGGGAAAUUAAAUAUAGCUUGCAAAUGCUCUCCUCGUUGGUGCAGCGACUAUCCUUGGAGAAAGAACUCGAGGUCUCAAUUGCCGCAAAUACUGAGGCUGCUGUUGCUGGGAAGAAGAUGAUUUGCUUGGUUUUGAAAUGUAGCUUUGAUACGGUUGAAUGGCUUAAGAUUAUUUUAUUUCGUUUUGUAAUAAACGUCGACUUCUCCACCAUUGAUCUGAGCAUGCCAAAAUAUGGGUUUUUAUACAAUGGUUUUUCAGAAAUCCAGCCAUCACUGCCUUAG